UUCCCUACAAGCAGGAUUCAUGUGUCAGUGUCAGACUCUAUAUUGCUUUUAUCAAAACAAUAUUUUUGGUUCAGAUGCUCAGUGAACGAUGUCUAGUGUAUUUCUUUUGCUCCUUUCUGAAAACAGCAUUUUUAUGCAACAAGGGUAUUUCAGAGUCAACUUGAUCUUGAGAAUGACAAAGAAGACUGCAGGAAACAGAGGAAGUGAGAGGACUGUGCAGAAAUUUAUAAACGGGUAACAGUUCAGAUCCUUCAUGUGGCCUUUGGCAAAGUGGAAGGACUGGCCUACCAAUUAUUCCUUGUCCUCAGGAGCCACAAUAAAAUGCUCACUUCCAUGGUGGAUCCAAGCUGCCAUUUGCCUCAACUGCAAGAGGGAGAUAAAAUUCGUCACAACAAUCUCAGAAGCUAGUCCAAACUAGCGGGAGGUUGCGUGCACAAACUAGAAAAGGGGCUCAUUCAGUGAUGGCUCGUGGUAAGGUCCAGAUGAGGAGGAUAGAAAACCCGGUGCACCGGCAGGUCACCUUCUGCAAGCGACGAAUGGGACUGCUCAAGAAAGCUAAGGAGUUGUCUGUUUUGUGUGAUGCUGAUAUUGGCGUCAUUGUGGUCUCCCCUCAUGGCAAGAUUUAUGACUUAGCCACCAAUGGGAACAUGCAAGGCUUGAUCCAGAGGUACAGGGGAACCUAUUCAGAAAUGCAUGGUGAAAGUAGCGAACAGAACAAAACUCAGGCAAUACAACAAGAGGUAUUAGCAUUAACGCAUGAAAUUGACUUGUUUCAAAAGGGCUUAAGGUACAUGCAUGGAGAGAAUGAUACAAACCACAUGAAUCUUGGUGAGCUCCAAGCCCUUGAAAAUAAUCUUGAAAUGUGGGUGCAUAACAUUCGCUCUCAGAAGAUGCAGAUCAUGUCUAGGGAGAUUGAAAUGCUCAGGAACAAGGAAGGUAUAUUGCAGGCUGCCAAUGACAUACUUCAAGAAAGGAUAAAUGAGCAGAAUGGAAUUCUGAAUUUCAGUGGCACCGCAAUGAUACCGCAAGCACCAUUCCAGCUAACCAUGGAGAGUAACUACUAUUUCUAGGCAAGGCUGCCGUCCUAUCAAGUGAUCUCAUCUCAUCUGCUCUGUUUCUAGUUCAACCAGAUUACCAUACGAGGGCCUCAGAUAGCUCAUAUGUGUCACUCCAUCUUUGGAGAAAUCAGUGUGUGUAUCUGUUAGGUUCUGCAUAUGUAAACAAACUACCUUUGAAGACUUGAUAGAUUGCUCUGUAUAAUAUGAUAGAACUCUACGAAUGCAAUACCAAAAUUUGGCACUUGUAGUUCUGACUCGGAUUACGAUA